UCAACAAUCACGUGUGGAUUUUAUAUAUAUACAUAUAUAUAUAUAUAUAUAUAUAUAUAUUUAAAAGGUCUGUCGGGAUUCGUUUGCAAACCAAUAGGAAGAGUUGUUUUGAGAAGUUUGUACCCUGAAAUGUAUUCAUUAAGGACCAAGUAUGAACAUUUCAUUCGGUUUGAUGAUACUUCGGAUCCGCUGCGUUUCGUUGGUUAUCUACACAAAUUUAUUGGCUUAAACUUGGUCAACCCGAAGGUCAUUAAAAUCUGGAGACUGUCAAUUUUCCUAAUGAUCGUCCAGGCUUUGUGCUUUGGCUAUCGUCUGUACAUGGUUAGUGUGAAUGGGUCCGGCGUUUCGUACAUUGUCUGCGCUAUGAACGUUGUCGGGGGAUUCGUUUCCGGAGGAAUUCGAACCCGUAGCUUCAGGUACUUUUACAACGAUUUCGUAACAUUCCGGAAAGAUAUGUUACAAUGUUUGCGGUUCCAACGAGACGAUACCAAGGCGCAGCGCAUCCGAAGGGAGCACCACGAGAACAAUCUGAAGUUUACUUUGGCUGUGCUAAGUGCCGGAGUUAGUUUAAUCACCAUUUGGAACCUCACGGAUUACAGAAUGAACGAUCAGUAUCGAAUUCCGUUUGAUUUGAGCUUUCUCAACGACACAGUUCAAUCUGGGCUGGACAGUUUAUUUGGAUUUUACAUUUUAACACUUGCGGCGCAUUUUUGGAUUCCUUUCGUUACCAUUCGCGUUGCUUUGCGAACUCUUCGAGCGGAGCUCUUAAUCUUGAACUGUUCUUUCGAAAAAUUAUUCCACAGGGCCCUUGAGAGGAGUACAAUGCUCGUGUCAACGAAUUCAAUGGAACACAUUGAUGACGAUCGUUUCUGGCAGUGCCUGGAAGCUGAAUUGGCACAACUCGUUAUCCACCAUAAGCUCCUUCUAAUCAACGUUGAUCGUAUCCGGCGCCUGGCUAGUGUUCCAUUUCUGGCGGAAAUGUUCGCGAGUGUGUCGAUACCUUCCAUAGCUGUUUUUCUCUUUCUUCUUUUGGGAAGCGAGAACCUUUCCCUUUUUGGGAUAUCAUGUAUCGUAAUGUUUGAGUUUUACUACAACAGUUCGCUGGUUGAGGAACUGGAAGAUGCCCACGCGGAUACGGGAGAAGCAAUCUACCGCCUCGAAUGGCCCCUGUAUUUGCGGUAUGAUGGACGGCACGCUCGGCAGUACAAAAAUGUGCGGAACAGUUUAUUGAUCGGAAUGAUGAGAUCCAAUCAGCGACUUCACUUCCACUGUGGCGGGAUGUAUGAGAUGUCCAUGAAGACGUUUUCGGUCACCGUGAAGACAUGUUAUACUAUUUUGACUUUUUUGAUGCAGCUCACGACAUAAAAUCUUAAUCGAGG